AGAGUGGGUAGUUUAACGCUAGUCAAGGUCAUGAAGAAGUCUCUCAAUCCGUUUGAUGAAGAUGAACCUGGGGGUUUUUCUUCUUCCUCUAAACCAACAACUUGGCCCUACACAGGAACUACAUCAUCCGGAAGAAGCGAAGUGCAAUGUCAAAUUUCAGAUAGUCAAUCAAGAACAAAAGCUAGCCAACAACGUGCAUUAUCCAGUAUAUAUAAUUCAGAACAAAUUGGUGUUGCAGCAGCCCAAGAACUUAUUGAACAAGGAGAAAAAUUAAAUCGUGCUGAACAGAAGCUUGAAGAAAUUAGUGAAUUGCAAAAAGAUAGUCAAAAGAAAAUUAAUACUUUAUCUAGUGUUUUCGGUGGAUUUAAAAACAUUUUUUCUCGAAGACAAUCACAACCUGUUCCUCAAAGCUCCUCGAUGGUGGACAAGACGUUGAAUAAUAGAAAUCAAAGUAAUCUGAGACAAACGAUUCAAUGUGAAAAUUCAUGGGGUAAUCAGUACACCAGUACACUGCAACAAACAGCGAUUGUAAGUCAUUAGCAUAUCUCAUUGGAGACAAUUAUUACUACAUAUUAUUUGAAAUUGAACAACUCGUGUUAACUUGUUCAUCUCUAUCACUUGUUGACUACCAUCCCAAGCCAUUGUCUAAUAAUAAUAAUAGCUCUACUCACCACUAUAGAUUUGAUUACAGUGAAAAUUCCUCAACAUUAACAUCUGAAUUGCAUUCUUCCCAGGAUCCUAUUAUUACAGUCGUGUUUAGAAUAAAAGAUAGGUGUAUGCACCUAUCAAAUUUAAUAGUAAUUACUCGCAGGCUACGUGACGUUAAUCAAAGCAAUCACCUUGACAAACGCCACUUAGCGCGUGACUAUGCAAAGGAGCUUUGGGUCAGAAAGUAUACGUUAUUUUCCACUAUACGAAAAACUUUGCUUCAUUAAGUAUUCUAUUUUAUGUGGAAAGGUAACGACGUAUUCAUCUAAAUCAUGCAAAAGAUUGAAAAUAAUAAAUUACAAACUUAAUUGCUUGUACAAAAAGAAGUGUCAUUUGGAACCUAACAACACCUCGAAAUCUGCAGAUGUUGAGUUUGAAAACAAUUUAGCUCUAAUGGGCGAUGGCAUGUCUCGAUUAAAAAGUUUAGCUCAAGGUAUGCACAAUGAAUUAAGAAGUCAGAACGAUCAACUUGAUCGGAUGGCGCCGCAAAUUCAUCGAGUCACUGAUACCAUGUCAAAUCAAAAUCGUCAAAUGAACAAAUUGCUAGGAAUCCGACCAAAAUAAACUGUUGCUUCUUGCUUUUCUUCUGUGAUUUCACCUUUUUCAAUUAAGAUAUUAAUGCAGUGGGUGAUGAGGCACCGGUCCUGCUUGGGUAUUUCGUUCGAAGAAACCUUUAUUUCUGUCUACGUUUGAUUUCUUUGUCAGCUAUUCUCAAGUGACAAUAUGUACACAAUUUGUUUAGUUUAUUUUAAUUGAUUUAUUGUUAUUUUUUAAUAAAUUAUCAAUAUGCUCUUUUUUCUAAUA